AUGAGGACUCUACUCUUUCUUCACGCAAGCUACUUGAUUGCAACAAGUCUUGCCUUUGUAUCCCCCAACAGAAGUAUAAAGCGAUCUGCUGCCUUGCAGAACAAGUUUUCAUCAAAAGAUGCCAGCAAAUCACCUUGUUUGUUUGCUAGAACAAAUGGAGAUUCAUACGAUGAUACUUGCGAUGUUCUAGUUUUGGGCAGUGGACCAGCUGGUACGGCAAUGGCCUCUUUGCUUGGAGUUGGAGGGGAAUUGGACGUAGUCAUGGCGGAUCAAAAUUACGAAUCCGCGUGGGUCCCAAAUUAUGGAGUUUGGAAGGAUGAAUGGCAAACAGUCUUGGACAAAUAUGCCGAAGCUGGGAUCAAAAUUGAAGGUGGAGCCGCUGGAAAUUCAAUUGACAUAGAGUGGGAAGUUACAGAUUGCUAUUUUGGUGGCUCCUUUGACAUUCCAGCGGAUAAUCGAAUGCGUCUGGAUCGUCCCUAUUGCCGAGUGGACCGUUUUGCCUUGAAAGAAACCUUGAGCAAAAACUUUCGGGUGGUAAAGGCCAAUCACAUCUCGGAGGCCACUGGUGUCAACAUGUACAAACCAGCUGGAAGUCUAGUGCACGAUGAAGAUGGGACUACCAUCCAGUUGCAACCAAAGGAUAGUGAUACACCCAUCACCAUGAGAGCAAAGAUUGUGAUUGAUACCACUGGUCAUGAAACCAAGCUUGUGAUGAAAGACACCCGAGGACAAUAUUCACCACCGGGAUUCCAAAUUGCCUACGGGGCCGUCUUGGAGGUUGACGAAUCCAGCUCUUCAGACAUGUCCCAAUUUGGACCAUACGCCAAGGAAGCCAUGACGUUGUUUGAUUACCGUACCGACCACUUCCCCACAGAAGAAGAGGUGGAUAGAGCAACCAAGGUUCCCACCUUCAACUACGUUAUGCCGUUGAAGGACAAUACUUUCUUUGCUGAAGAGACUUCCUUGGUGGCAAGACCGGGUGUAUCGUUCCAGGAGUGCAAGGAUAGACUCUUCCAACGAUUGGAUCACCACGGAAUCAAAGUGACCAAAGUGACAGAAGAAGAGUUUUGUUACAUUCCCAUGGGCGGAGCCCUACCCAUGCGAGAUCAGCGAAUCUUGGGUGUCGGCGGUGCUGCUGCCAUGGUCCAUCCCAGCACAGGAUUCCAUAUAUGUCGUUGUCUGAUGGGGGCCACAGACGCCGCCAUGGCUAUCAAACAAGAGCUAAAGUCAUCCGAUGUCAACCUUGACCGGGCCAUAGCAUCUGCGUACCAUGCCCUAUGGUCCCCCGAAAACAUUCGUCAACGCAACUUUGCUGUGUACGGUGGAGAGUUCUUGAUGAAGCAGAACGUAAUUGGGCUUCGCGGAUUCUUUGACGGAUUUUUCAAGAUUCCUUUGGAAAUGUGGGGCGGAUUCUUGGCCGGAUGGCCUGGAUUGGCAUACAACGAAGCUCAUGAAACUUGGUACAAGAGGAUCUGGUAUGGCCUGAACUUUAUAGUCAAGAUUCCAUUGCCAGUAGCUGCGGACAUGACUUCUAGCAUUCUGUCCUAUUCACUCUUUGAAGGAAUCGACCUGAUGCAAUCUGUGACUCCCUUCUUUGGUGAGCCCUACUCGUAUGAAUACAAACGCAAUACGGAUCGCAUUGGUGAUACGACGGCAAAGAAAGAGGCACUCUCCAUGAUCAAGGAAUCCAAGGUUACAGAGGAGAUUCCUGUUGCCUUGGAGGAGGCCGUUACUCGAUAA